UUGCACUCUUUUAGUCUCAUUUUCUCGUCCGCCCCUAAACUUUCUGUCCAUUCCCUCUUUCUGUAAUCUGUUAAGCUCCGAUUCUCCAAAGUCCAAACCCUAGCUUCCCUUUCUUUGAUUUCACUCCAAUCCAAGAAUUGAUAUAUUUGUCAGAAAAGAAAAAAAGAAGAAUCCGAGGAGCUUGGUUAGAAGAUUUGGCAAAAAAAUGACGUCGUCGACAACGAGCGCGGUUUACAUCCACGUCAUCGAAGACGUCAUUAACAAGGUUCGCGAUGAGUUUGUCAACAACGGUGGACCAGGCGAAAGUGUCCUCAAUGAACUCCAAGCACUUUGGGAGACGAAGAUGAUGAUAGCGGGAGCUAUCGUUGGUCGAGCAGAGAGGUCUUCAGGUCAGAAGCAACCUGCUCCCGGUAGCGCAAUUACUCCAGUACACGAUCUCAAUGUUCCUUAUGAGGGGACUGAGGAGUACGAAACUCCUACAGCUGAUAUGCUUUUCCCUCCGACUCCUUUGCAAACACCUCUGCCUACACCGUUGCCAGGAACUGCUGACGGCUCUAUGUAUAACAUCCCUACUGGAGGUAGUGAUUAUCUCACACCUGUGAACGAUAGCGGUGGUAAUGCUGAUGUAAAAGGUGGAAGGCCAAGCCCUUACAUGCAAUCUCCUUCUCCUUGGGCAAAUCAAAGGACCCCACUAAGUGUUGAUGUUAAUGUCGCUUAUGUGGAAGGGCGGGAUGAAGUGGACAGAGGAACCUCAAAUCAACCCCUGACGCAGGAUUUCUUUAUGAUGCCUCCUGGAAAGCGAAAACGUGAGGAUUUUGCUACACAGUAUAAUAAUGGUGGUGGUGGUGGCUAUAUACCCCAACAAGAUGGAGCUGGAGACCCCACAUCUGAAGUUGCGAAGACAGUGGAAAAUCAGGCUAAUUUCUUGGGUAGACAUGACUCCGCAACCAAAGCAAAAAGCAAGAUCUUAGCACACGUAGCUACUUCAUCAUCAAAGAUUCUGCAACUAGAUGGACCAAUUCCUGAUCCAUUUGAUGAUAUGCUUUCUACUCCCAAUAUUUACAAUUAUCAAGGAGUUGUCAGUGAUGACUACAACGUAGCAAACACACCUGCUCCAAAUGACCUUCAGGCUGCCACUCCUGCCCCUGUUUCCCAAAAUAAUACAGUAGAUGACGACGAGGAUGAACCAUUGAAUGAAGAUGAUGAUGAUGAUGAUUUGGAUGAUGUGGACCAGGAGGAGCUUAACACACAGCACCUAGUUUUGGCUCAAUUUGACAAGGUGACUCGUACCAAGAGCCGAUGGAAAUGCACACUGAAGGAUGGCAUCAUGCACAUAAACAAUAAGGACAUCCUCUUUAACAAGGCAACGGGGGAAUUUGACUUCUGAUUUUGUUAGAGAAAUGUCUUUCACCAUUAUAUGGCUGCAGUUGGGUUUAAAGAGCAAGGCAAGGGGUGUUUCAUAAGUUUUCUUUAAUUGAUAUCUAAGUGAGAGAGCUUUGAUGGAAGGUCAUGGGAUUCCUUAUUUUUAAUGCCUUCCCUGAGACUUUGAUUGAAUGAUUGUCGUAUUGUACAUAAACAAGGAAGAGCUUUUCGGCCUAAGAAUGCUCUGUUACCUGAGAUGCUUCAUGAA